AUGGCAUCCAACUCCACCCAACCCUCAGAUGAGUGCAAAAGAAUCGAGGCACUCAUUGAUACACACCCCUUGAUAAUAUCACUUCGUGCAAAUCCAUCCUUGCGCGAAAGCAGAUUUUUUGCUGGAGCUCCAGACGCUGUGCGUGGUAUCUUCACAUAUCGUGACCAUUUCGGCCCAGGGAAGAUUACGGUGGAUCCAGUAGUAUUCUUGGAUGAGAGCUGCAAAUCUCUGAUUCAGAUAUUCCAUCUUGGACCUAAGCUAGCAGGGUGGCCAGGAAGGCUCCACGGUGGGCUGUUAGCUACGAUGAUAGAUGAAUCUUUCGGUCUGUGUUCUCCCUUUGAGAUGCCGAAAAGAAUCCCAAUUACUGUGCGUCUGGAAAUCAACUACCAGAAUCCUUCGCCUCCAAAUGAGCUUUACAUCCUGGAAGCUAAGUUGGUCCGGCUCGAAGAUAGCACUCGCACUGGGUGGGUGGAAGGCACGCUAAGAGUACUGAACGAGAAAACGAGCCUCCGAUCAGAGAAUUCGACCCAUGAAAUACUGGUAAGCGCAAGGGCAGAAUACAAAUAUCUCAGCAGUCAUCUUUGA